ACGAAAAGGUAUUAUAUCGAAUUUCUGCGGCAUCUCGUUCUUUUUCUCAUUGGAUUGAUCACUGCCGCCUCUGCCUCGUUAAUGGACUAUUUGAUUGAGUUGAUUUCGGAGUUCAAGUACCGUGUGGUUUCAUCGCUGAUCAAUCAGUAUCACACUGGAUGGGUGACUGCCGUGCCUGGAUUCACUUGGUGUUUUAUUAAUAUGUUUCUCGUGGGCGUUUCAUCCUUGUUAGUGGUAUUUUUGGCGCCAGUUGCUGCUGGGAGUGGGAUUCCUCAGAUCAAGUGCUACCUAAAUGGACUUAAUAUUCCACGACUCAUGAGAUGUCUCACCAUGUUUGUGAAGGGUGCUGGCGUCGUCUUAGCCGUUUCAGGUGGUCUUGCAGUGGGUAAAGAAGGUCCGAUGAUCCAUAUAGGUUCGGUGGUUGCCGCGGGGAUAUCCCAAGGUCGUGUGAUGUUCUUCCGGUGGUCGCUCCGUUCUCUGAGAUUCUUUCGAAACGAUCGACAGAAGCGAGACUUUGUCAGCGCCGGCGCGGCGGCUGGUGUUGCGGCUGCAUUUGGCGCACCUGUUGGUGGAUUGCUGUUUGCGUUGGAGGAAGGAGCAAGCUUUGUAUACCAGCGCCUCACAUGGACAAUAUUAUUCGCUUCCAUGGUCUCCAUGUUCGUGUUGGCUCUGUUGAAAACACUCAUCCAUACACACUCGUUCAACUUCACACCAGGAGGUUUGGCCAGUUUCGGGGCGUUUACGUUUCUGGACACAUUUUCCGUCUCGGAGCUUCUUUUGUUUCUUGUGAUGGGUGCAUUCGGUGGUGUAUCCGGUGCACUUUUCGUGAAGGCAAAUGCGUUACUCACGCAGUACAGGCAGAAAUACGUGACAUCGAAGUAUGGCAAAGUGAUUGAAGUGGUGCUCGUCAGUUUCCUGACUACGUCUAUCGGAUUUGCACUAAUUUGGCUUGUUCAAGAUUGUGGCCCCGUGGCAUUUACUACUAAUCCACAUCCCUUGAAGCUCAUGUGUGCCGAUAAUGAAUUCAACACAAUGUCCGCCCUAUUGUUCAAUACACCGGAGCGAUCUUUGCGCAUCCUGUUUCACGAACCUCCCGGCACCUUCAACGUCACUACUCUGUUGGUAUUCUUCCCGGUCUACUACAUAAUUGCUUGUUUCACCUAUGGUCUCUCCGUUUCAUCCGGUCUGUUCAUCCCGGCUCUGUUAAUCGGAGCAAGUUGGGGCCGCGUCAUUGGAAACUGGAUGUAUUCCACAUAUCCCGAAACCUUCCCACGUCCAGGGAAGUUUGCUUUGAUCGGUGCAGCUGCUCAACUUGGCGGUGUCGUGCGGAUGACCCUGAGUUUGACGGUCAUCCUAAUGGAAGCCACUGGGAACGUGAUUGUUGGUCUACCCCUCCUCAUGACCUUAGUCGUUGCCAAAUAUACUGGGGAUUAUCUGAGCGAGGGUAUCUACGACGAACAUAUUGGAUUGAGCAGUAUGGCAUUACUUCCUUGGGAACCCGAUCCUCUUUCGUCGUCCAAACGUGCUUACGAUGUGAUGUGCUCUCCUGUGGUCUAUCUGGAACCUGUGAUGCAUGUCCGAGCACUUGUUGAACAGAUCAGAGAAAAUCUGCACCACGGCUUCCCCAUCGUCGAAGGACCGGUUAAUCCGCCUCGUUUCUCGUAUGGAACCCUCGUGGGAAUUAUCUCUUCCGAACAUCUGGCUAUUAUCCUAAAGCAUCGCAUAUUUCUGAAAGAAGAUGGUUCACCGAUGAGGUCAUUGGAAUAUGCUGACUAUGAUUCCGAAUAUCCAUCUUAUGCAAAACUCCAAGAUGUACUUCAGGAUUUAACUGAAGAAGAUUUGGAGGCCCACGUGAAUCUGCGACCGUAUAUGUGUGAAGCACCGUACAGUGUCCCUGAAACGAUGACGAUGAAUCGUGUGUAUCAUCUGUUCCGACUGCUAGGACUCCGUCACCUUCCCGUUGUUGACAGUGAAAACCAGGUACGCGGAAUGAUCACCCGGAAAGACCUGUGCCGUUUUCGCUUCGAACGAAUUGGCGAUCAGCUCCGUGUGGAAGAAUUGACGUUUUCAAAAAAGGUUAAACCAAAGCAUCCCGGGGUGAUGUGACGACGAGACGAUGACUAAUCUGCCAGAGAGUAAAGAUCAAGGUUUUGUGAUUCGGUUGCACCGUUCUUUCCAGCCGCGUUUUGUCAUUGUCGUGUUCGCGAUUGUCUUUUCCUUUCUUUCUCGCUUUUUAACUUGGUUUAAACUUGGUUUAAAACCGUGAAAUUUUCAGCCGAAGAGAACAGAUUCGUUCCGCCACUUCGUAUUUUUUUCUACCAAUGCUUUAGAAAGGUGUCAUUAUUUUUAUCCUUCACUUGUCCUUUUUCCUCGUUCGCAUAAUUGGCUGUAAACGGCUACUCACGCAUGUGGCUGGCUUCCAUGUUUGUGUCAUGAUGGUUAUGGGUAUACUCUCGUAUGAACUAUUUUUUUCAAUAGAGGUUCGUUUGCUUUGUAGCCACUGGAUUCGUCUUAGUCUCGGGUGGCUUUCGGGAAUAUCGCCAAUCAUUGUGUGUGUAAUGUAGGUAGAUGCUGACCCUGUG